UGCAUUGUGGGAGAUGUAGUACCUCAAACUGCGAGCCUGAUGUAGCUCAAUCUGCGCUUACAGGUUCUGGCCAAGAGACAUUCUUUGCCAGAACAUCACCAAACAGUGGCUAUCCAUGUCAUGCCACUUCUGACUUCCCGUACUUACGCACUGACGCAGAAAACAGCAAUAAUGGCGGUAGAAAAUGUGAGCGUGGGCUUCAAACUGUACUGCCUCACGGUGAUGACAUUAGUGGCAGCUACAUACACAGUGGCUCUGCGAUACACCAGGACCAUUUCAACUGGAGACAUGUACUUCUCCACCACAGCAGUGUGCAUCACCGAAGUCAUCAAACUCAUCCUCAGUAUGGGAAUGCUCGCCAAGGAAACAGGGAGCCCCAGCAGGUUAAAAAAUGCUGUUGUGGAGCACAUAUUUUUUAGUCCUAAAGAGCUCCUAAAACUAAGUGUCCCCUCUCUCGUAUACGCCAUACAGAACAACAUGGCCUUUCUGGCUCUCAGUAACCUGGAUGCAGCAGUAUAUCAGGUGACGUACCAGCUGAAGAUACCGUGUACGGCCUUGUGCACUGUCCUCAUGCUCAAUCGCUCUCUGAGUCGCCUGCAGUGGGGGUCUGUGUUCAUGCUCUGUGUGGGAGUGACUCUGGUGCAGUGGAAGCCAGUAGAAGCCACUAAGGUUCAGAUUGAACAAAACCCUUUACUUGGAUUCAUGGCCAUUGCUAUUGCUGUCAUUUGCUCUGGAUUUGCAGGGGUGUACUUUGAGAAGGUGCUGAAGAGCUCUGACACCUCUCUUUGGGUGAGGAAUAUCCAGAUGUACAUAUCGGGCAUUGUGGUCACGCUCAUCGGUGUGUACAUGACUGAUGCCCAGGGAGUGUUGGAGAAAGGCUUCUUCUUCGGCUACACGCCCUGGGUCUGCUUUGUCGUGUUCCUGGCGAGUGUGGGUGGGCUGUACACAUCAGUGGUGGUCAAGUACACAGACAAUAUCAUGAAGGGCUUCUCUGCUGCAGCGGCCAUUGUCCUCUCCACUGUGGCCUCUGUGAUUCUGUUUGGACUCCAGAUAACUCUCACAUUCUUCUCUGGUGCCCUGCUGGUUUGCAUUUCCAUUUACUUGUAUGGACUCCCAAAACAGGACACGACCAAACUGCCCCGACAAGAAGCAGACAAAGAGCUCAAAGCAAAACUUAUACCAGUGUAACCUCCACAACAGGUUUCUGCCGAGCCUACACACUGUGGUGCUUCCUGUUUGAUGUUACAGAAUCCAAUCAGAAUGGGACAUCACACGUCACUGAAGAAGGAAACUUUUAUUAUUUUUUGCCAAAUGAUUUCCGGUUAUAGUUUGAUUCCAAGUGAUUAGGGAACUGCAUGACGAAGCUCUUUUUAAUAACAUAAAGAGCUAUUGGAGCUUUUGUAGUCCUAAGCUAAGAAUUAAUGAAGUCAUUUGUGGGAACUGACAAUUGAAUUUUUGUACACGUGUCAUUUCUUUUGACAUUGGGAUUGAAUGUAAACACAAGGAUUUGUUUUAGGCCUUGUCACUGGUCUUCAGUUGUGCUGGAGAGCUGUAUAAAACUGGACUGUGCCUCAGCAUCUCUGACAUAGGAUCUCAAAUGGUCAUGGGAUCUCAAUCUUGUCAGCUCCUUAUACUGAAUAAUCUUUAGUCAUGUAUUAUCUUUUGUGUCUUGUACAUAUCACUUGAUGCACAGGCAGCAUGUAUUUUUUAUUAUUUGAAUCAAAAUUAUUGUAAAAAAAAAAGACAAAUCUCAAGUUGAAAUCCUUUCGAUGAACAGUUACUUGUCUGUCAAAUAAUAUAUAAAGGGCAAAAAGUGCAACAGUUUUAAUAAAAAAUGUUUUAUUUACACAUAA